AUGAAGUACGGUAAACAAUUCCAACAGAUCCUCGAAUCUGGUAAUUUCCCACCGGAAUGGAAAUCGUCCGCUAUCGAAUACCGUCAACUCAAAAAAUUGAUCAAAGAUGUCGUCCAAGAACUCAGCUCCAUGGGUCUCUCUCCUCAAAUACUCUCAAAGCUUAUGGUCACUACCGAAUCUUCUUCUUCACUCACCACACAGGCUGAUACAACCCCCCACAACGUUGGAACUUCAGAGGAAGAUGAAGAGAGACAUGGGGAAUUGCUCGAGUUCGAAUUUGAAUCCGACGAUUCUCCAAUACUCUCUUCCACUCGGACCGCUCAAGUGCCCAAGGAUGUUCUCUUGAAUUUGUACGAUACUGCACAUGAACAAGAGAUAGAAUCUAGAGGUAAAUCAGUAGAGAUACCGAGACAUAGAUUUCGACUGAGAUUGUUAUCGGCAUCAGCUGCGGAGAAUGAGGAGAGACCGAUCAGACCUAUGGGCGUGACAGAUAUGAUCAGAAGGCAUUCCGAAGGGGGAUCGACUCUUGGUGAAUCGUCUGAUGGGGAGAAAGAAGGAGAAAUGAGAGGAAGGAGACUGAAAAGAACUGUGGUAGAUGCUCAGAAAGGUGUCAAGGCGGAAUAUGUUCUCGUCGGAGAAGCUUCUAGACCCGUUCCGCAAUUACGAUUUCAUUUGUCUCCUACUUCUAUUGCUACACCUCUUCCGGAUCUAUUGCCAGAGCCAGUCCCUAUGGUCUCCCAGGAGGACCCUGUUUUGGAAGACGAAGAUGACGAUGAGGAAGAGGAAGAAGGAUUACCUGAAGUUGGACAAAGACCCGAGUUGAGGGAAACCGAUAUCUUACCUCCUAGUCCGACUUUGGGUAGGGUCCGACAUGCUGCUUCUCCCAUAUGGGCACUGGCAUCUUCCAAACGACAAGACCCUAUCCCAAUCUCUUUGGGCGAGCCUGCUGGUUCUGAUCCCUAUAUCAUUCCUUCUGACCAUCAUUCCACCUCAGAUCUGAUCGCCCCCGGAGAAGUAGCCAAUCAUCAACUAAACUCCCCUUUAUCACAUCCGGGAACUUCGACUUCAGGUCUGGAAGGGAUCGGAAAAGAAAGAAACAUCAUCAUUCCCCUAGCUUCCGAUAUGGCAUUCUUCAACCUUCUCACUGCUGCCUUACUCUCCCUUUCAGCUUUUCAUACCGAACAGCAACAUCUUUUCCGUGAAUCAGUAGAAAAGCUUUGUCGAUUAAUCUCUCAGUCCAUUUCUCCUGGUGAACCCCCGGAAGUACUUUCUACCCCUUUGACACCUUCAGACAUCCCCCAGCCGUUUUCAGGAAAUCGGAAUACCACCUUGAUACAUGCUCCGAAGAAGAAAGAUAAGAGUGGCAAGAAAGAUUUAUACGUUUGGAGGGAGAUCUUCAGUUUAUGGAUUGAACAUGAGAUUUUCGAGUCACAUGCGGAACGGACGAGAGGAGAGAGAAGUGUAGAACAAGCUGAGGAAAGGUUGCAGAGGUUUGCGAGGGAGGUAGUUAAACGGGGACUAGGGGAUAGAAGGACUAUAAGAGGUAGAAAGACGAGGGAGAGUUGGGAAGAGUUUUUGAGAUUAAACGUUUUGUUAUUGGAUUUGAAAAGGUUUCAAUUAGCUAAUUUGGAUGCUGCGAGAAAGAUCUUGAAAAAACACGAUAAGCGUACAGCACUCUCAGCCUCUCACAACUUUGCAUCCUUCGCUCUCACCACCCUUAAAGCCCCUUCCGACCCUUGGUCAUUCUACCAUACUUCUCUCCCUCAUGUCCUCCUAACUUCAUUGACAGACGUACUCUUACCCAUUUUACCGAGUUUGGACGAUUACGCAUGUCUUAUAUGCACCAGCAUAGCUUUUAAACCGAUUCGAUUGGCUUGUGGACAUUUAUUCUGCGUGAGAUGUUUGGUUAAAAUGCAAAAAGCUGGAAAGGGUGAAUGUCCUUUAUGUAGAGCUCAUGUGGUGUUGUUGGCGGAUAAGACUUCACUAGAUACGACGUUAAUGAAUUUUAUGAAAUCAUGGUUUCCAAAAGAAGUUCGAGUGAAGCAGAAAGAGAACGAAGCGGAAGUAGCUAAAGAACAAGCUAUGGAAGCUGGUAUCGAUCCGAAAUGUAUAAUCAUGUGA